GCAUAGUAGGCAGCAUCGCGUCACUGCACACGGGCUGCUGCUGCUGAUAAGCCUUGGGGGGGUUGUUGGUUUUCUUUCUUCUCGAACUGACUGAUAAAGAAGUGCUGAUCAGCGCCACUCGAUCUGUACCCGAUCUGAUCGGUUGCACGGCGUUGAUCUCGUCAGGCCGAUAGACGUUAGUAUAGCGACGAUUGCUGGCGGGAACAGAGCAACAUGGCAAAGAGCGCUCGUGUUUUAGCCCUGAUCGCGGUGUGCGCACUGUACACCCAAUCAGCGACAGCAACGUACAGGUGUGAUCCGAACGCUCCGCUCAUAGCUGCAACCUGUACGGUGGCCAACGUAACGCUACUCACACCAGCGGAGAUAGCGAAUGCCAGCUUCCCGGAUGACGUGCGGUACGUCGCCCUGGCGAUAGUGGACGGAUUUAUACCGACGUUCACGAGGGAUCUGGCGCGCAAGUUCCCAAAAGUCCAGGAUCUUACCGUGGAUGCGCUAGGCAUACAGAGGCUGUACGUCGGGAGCAAUUGGGAGCAGCUGUCCGCCCGAAACAACUCCAUUCGUGAGGUGGAGUUUGCGGCCGUCCAGCAUCGGCUGCGAUCGCUACGGCUGGACGACAACCGGCUCAGCAAGGUGCCGUCCUUCGGCCGAUGGUUCAACGAGCUCAAGCUGCUCUCGCUGGACGGUAAUCGGUUGGAGCAGAUCGCGCUCGACGCGUUUGCCGAGCUGGAAUAUCUGCAAAGUCUCUCGCUCGCCCGCAACGGGCUGAUUAUCGUCGAACCGACUGUGCGUGUGCCGAACCGAGCGGUUCGCGGUGUUCAGCUGUUGAAGCUGAAGCAUCUAUCGUUGGCCUCCAAUCGACUGAUCACCGUGAACAUCAGUGACUGGGAGAUGCCGUCGCUGGUAUCGCUGGAUCUGUCCAGCAACGAUCUGUACAUGCUGCUCGACGAGCCGUCGCAACUCCGGCAGCUUGGUGCACUGCUGAACGUGUCCUACGCCGGCAACGAUUGGAACUGUGGGUGGCUCAGCGAGGCACAGCUAGUGCUGCGCGAGCGGGGCAUAGUGACGCUUACCCAGGACACGGCCGGUCGGUGCGAGGCGCGACAGAUGAAAUCACUGAACGGAGUCUGCUGCUACGAUCGGGCUUUCGAGCAGGACCUCAAACAGGAUCCGUUCGAAAGCAAGUGGGAACAGCUGAACGAGCUGCGGCGCCGGUACGAGCUGGUGCAGUUCGCUUACGAUCAGGUGGAGGACAACGAUCUGAACCUCAUCACCAGGCAAGCUCACGCACUGCGCGGCCAGCUGGUGGGGCCCGUUGCCCACGAGCAGGACGCGAUCACGAGUGAGUUGUUGCGGUUGCGGCACGCACUGGCCGACGAAAGCGCUCGUCUCGAACGGCUGCAGCACGGCAUCGAGCGCACAGUGCACGAUCUAGGACAGUCGAUCGACGAGCUGCACGAACGCGCUGUGCGUCCCAAGCCGACGCUGGACGCCGUUCAUCAGCAGACGGUCAGUGACAGCAUUCGGCGCAUUCAGACGCACAUCGAGUUGUUGCGCCGUCGGGUACAAAGGUACGUAUACGAGACCAGCGACCGCGAACGACGCCUGCGCCGGCAAAGCGAACAGAUCAAGCAGCUGGAGGAUAAACUGCGCGAGCUCAAGCAGCUCGAGCAGUCCCUAAGCGAACAGGUCAACUACCUGGAACCGCGCGUACACAAUGCUCAUCGGAUGGUAGAGGACAUGCUGCAAUCGAACUCGGACGAAGAGUUUGACCGAAUUCGAACGUACGAUAGAAGGCAUUAUCGGGCCUCGUAUCGGACGAUCGGGUGAAUCGGAUGCUCGGUGUUUAGUAGUUGAGCGAGAUGCAUCCAACGUCACAUUUCGCACUUGAAAUAAAACAGCGUGAACGCAACAACAGUACCGAUCGUACAGAGCCGUGUG